CUGGUGCUGCUGCUGCUGCUGCUGCUGUUGUUGCUGCUUCUGCUAGCACCCCGGUUCCGCCGUUCUUCGUGUAUUGUUGUCCAAUCGAGCGUACCGACGAACCGGUUUUCGAGCCGGACCACACACGCGCCAAUAUCGCUCGUAUGGCACGAGCCUUCUUUUUUUUUUUUGGAGGCGGGUGGGCGGUCAUUGAACAACGGGAUGUUAUUGGUCGAUCGCCGUGACACAUGCACGCGUGCAUCGGGAUCGGGGACCUGGUGACGCUGCUGUUUUAUCGCGGCGAUUUUAUCGACGAUUCGCGGUAUCCGCACGCGGAUAUCCCAAGUUAUCGAAUUGCCAGUGACAAUGGCCCUAGAUCCUUAGCCGGUGUAUUUGUUUUUGUCGCAGAACCUUUUGUGGCGAAUGUGCGAGCUUGAUUCUUCAAACGUUGCUCCGCAUUACGUGUGGUGCGUGGCAUUUUGUUUGGUGAUUUCGUUUUGCUUGUCAUUGUUGGUUAUUUUUAUGGUGCUCCAGUGAAGGAUGAACUGUUAACAAUUGUUCUAUGAUUGUUACCGAUCGAUUGUGAUCCGAUCGAGUCCUGUAGUUCUUUGCAAUAUGUUCACGCGAUAAUUGCUCGUUUUCGCUACCACGUGUUCGUGCCUGGGUCCGAAGAUCGGCGUGGACGAGUCAGUGUUAUCAUCGAUUGAUUGUGGUCUCCUGUAAAACCCAUCAAGCUUUGAUGGGGUUGUCACGUGUCGGUGGGACGUUUGUGAGCUCGAGAGUCAUCGAGGAGCGAAGAGUGUCGUGUUGGAAUUGACUAGUCAGGAUAUGCGGUGAAUGAUGGUUCUUUCAAUCGAUUUCAACCCAUGGCACUGUGCCGAAAGAUUGUAUUCGAUUUACGAGGAGAAGGGACUUUACAUUUCACAAUGUAAAAGAUUUGCAUAUUUGUGACGUAGCUGUGCGUUAGAAGAUAAAAUUUCCGAAGGAUAAAAUUGGCUCGUUUCAGCGAGAAGCUCAAAACCUUCCGCGAAAGUUGAUGUUAUGUAGAAAUGUAGUAACCUCCGUUAGUCCGCCACGAAAGACUAAAGGAAUAAAUAAUCUGCUGCCGGAUUUAUACAACAAUGCCCAUUUACAUCAAGCAAUUUGAAGAGAGUUAUGAAUCGUGCACCACAUCACCAGCAUUAUAAAAGAAGCUUGCUGAAAUUAAUUACGUCUCGACGAAGAUAAGCUACGCUUUGCCUUUCACCUUGGAAAAGAGUGGACUGAACUUUCGUAAAGAAUGUCAGGCCGUCGAGCCUGAUUCGAGACGGCGAUGCGGCCUUGAAGAAUGCUCGCGCGACUCUCCUGGUUCAUCGGCUGAACCGAAUGGAAGGAUGUUUCAUUCGGUGCUCUGACUGCCUAUGGAUAUAUUCGGCCGUUGCAACGGCGGCGGCAGCGGAAGCACGGUAGCCGGAAACGGUGCUGGCUCGGUAAGGACGUCCAGCAACGAGUCCGCGGGUGGCGGGGGUGCGUCGAGCGGUAACAGCGAGAGCGGCAGCAGCGCGAGCGGCAGGAUGCAGUUGACAGGAGCCUCGGCACCCGGCGCGGCCGCCUCGCCGGAGUCGGGCGUCUCACCGUUGACCGAUGCUUACACCAAGAUGACUAGCGACAUCCUCGCUGAGAGGACCCUGGGUGACUUCGUCAGCGAGCAUCCUGGCGAGCUAGUUAGAACAGGCUCGCCGCAUUUAGUUUGUACCGUUCUGCCCGCACACUGGAGGUCCAAUAAGACUCUUCCGGUGGCUUUCAAAGUUGUAGCUCUCGGCGAGGUAGGCGACGGCACCUUGGUGACUGUACGCGCUGGCAAUGACGAGAACUGCUGCGCCGAGCUUAGAAACUCGACGGCUCUGAUGAAGAAUCAAGUCGCCAAGUUUAAUGACCUAAGGUUCGUCGGCAGAAGCGGAAGAGGCAAGAGCUUCACCUUGACGAUAACGGUGUCGACGACUCCGCCUCAAGUCGCCACUUACACCAAGGCGAUCAAGGUGACAGUAGACGGGCCGCGCGAGCCGCGAUCCAAGACCAGUGAGUAUCACUUGCUGUCUCUUUUAGGGCAGCAACAACAGUUUCAUGCCUUCGCGUUCGCCUCGCAGCGAGGCGGUCCGUUCUUCGCCUCGCCCUUGGUGGAUCCGUUGCAGCCUCUGCCAAAUCCGUUGCAACCAUUACCGAAUCCGCUCCAGCCGAGGGAUCCGUUGUCUUCUUUCAGACACGCGAUGCCUGGCAAUUGUCAGAAUAUGUCCCAGUUCGGCCUGACGGCGAGCAACUCUUGGGGAUACGGUAGCACGGCCGGGUACGCCGGCUACCUUCCGGGUCCCCUGUCGUCGUGCGCCGCACAGGCCUCGUUUCCACCGCCACCGCCACCCCCACCGCCACCACCGCCGUCGUCCACGUUGGCGUCCUUCGCCGGCACGGCCUCCAUGACCACACCGACGGCACCGGACUCGACGGCGGGCUCGACUGUCACCUCCGGCACCGGUAAUACCGGCACCACGCCGCAGCAGGACGCUUUUUCCGCGGUCUCCUCUCUCGUACCGGACACCACGACACCGGGCCAGUCCGAUCCGUUGGAUCCGCUGAGCAGCCUCAUGUCCGGUGGCGCGUCCACCCAGAGAUAUCAGGACUACGUGUCGCCGAGAUCACUGUCCACCGACUCGAGCACAACCGAGAGCCCGGUGCACGAGGAGCAGGGCUUCGGGCAGAAUUACGGCAAUUACUUUCCGACGCCCGGCGUGCUGCCCAGCAUCCUUUACUCCCAGCUCUAUGGGAAUCAGUUCCAGAAUCCCGAGAGCGCCGAACAGAGGGCCGUCGCGGACAGUUGCAGCGUGAGGCAAGAGGAGGUCAGACCGGACAACAACGUCUGGAGGCCGUACUGAGAGGCGGAACCAAGUGAUUUCCUAUCAAACAAUUCGACUGUCGAGAAAUUGGGCAGCUCCUGGAAGACAGAGGUGGAGGGAAGUAACGCUUAGCGGAUCGCUCUUGAGGCUGUUGCGACCGAGAGAUCGGUCAAUAAUUAUAACGUGAUGUCGUGAUUCUUUGAGGACUCUCUCGAAGUGUGAGGACGAUUCUCGAUGGCGAAUUAGCACUAGUGGGCAUUAAAAAAUAAUUAAAAAAAAAACUCCAUCUCCGGAGAGAACUCGGGCCGAAUCCGUUCGCCGAGGGACGUUUUCUUUUCCGGAGAAAGCUUCGGGAAUAUUAAAAUUGUUUUAUCGGUUGUGUGUCUCGUGACGCCAAUGAAUCUUAGGGGUGCAAAUGAGCGAAGGGAGAUUUGUAAUUAGGUGAGAACGUAUUGUGCGUACGAGAAAGAGAGAGAGAGAGAGAGAGAAAGAGAGCGAGCACGGGUGUGAGAGUGGUGGGUGACGAUUAACAAUAAUUGACAAUUCGCAUGAUGUAUAUACGUGUACAUAAAGCUAGAACAUUGUCGUUUCAUCGAAUCAUUAUUCGCCGUCGUUUCGAGCGAUGCGAUUUAGUUUCAUCGAUUACGUUUUCAUAGUAUAUAUAAUUGCGAACGACUGCUGCGGGAUCGUGCAAUAUCGUCGAGACUGACGAAUAUCGGCGAUUAGCUUCCUUUUUUCUUUCCCUGUAAAUACAUGUAUCUUCCACGUUGCGCGCGUUUAGUUUUCCGUUCGACCCUCGUUUUCCUCCAAAGAAAAAAAAAAAGAAACGAAGAAAGACCCCCACCUUUUGGACUGAAGAAAUCCGGCUCCACGCUUUCGGCGAGAUGUUUGCAGCGACCCUGAGAGUUAUCUUGAGAAAUCGAUUGAUCCGCGAAAGGCUAUCACGUGCGGUCACGUUCGGGGUCAAAUGCCGACCGAUAAAGACCGAAUGGGUUUCGAUUCGCGUGAGGGGGAUGAAAAAGUUUUUCCUGUCGCGCGAAAAUGUCGCCGCGGGGGAGCGCGCGAGCGGCGAGGGGGUGCUCGCCAGGUAUUCAACGAACGUACGUACGAACGAAAACGUGCCGGCAUCGAAGAUCUUACAUCGAAAUUUCUGCCAGAGAAACGAAGGGUCCCCCAUCGAGGAGCAACGAUUCUCGUGAGGGACAGUUUCUUUCGCGGGAAAAGCACCGCGCCGCGCCGGCAAAGAAGCUUACCCGUUUUUUGUAAACCGGCGACGGGCACUCUGCGUUUUCCGAAAAUGAUUUCCGAUAUACAUAUCUACCGACCUAUUGUUAUCGUAGUUUUUGACCGAGUCGAAGUAAAAGUGUAUUUCAAAAUAUAA